CCUUUGUCACGUCAAUGAACGGCAUCGUUCCAUCCAAGUGUUGUGUUAUGAAGGUCAAAUACCGAUGGCGAUGGAGAGGUAGAGAGUCGCUACCAAUACGAAGAAGAUAGAGAGAGAGAGAUCAUCAGUAUCAGCAAAGCACUUAACAAUGAGUGAAAGUCCGAAGCUCUACGCCAACAAACCUAAGAAAGCGCAGCUGAAACAAUCACCACCACCACAGUCGUCUUCGUCAAUGGCAACUCAGCCUCCGUCGAAGCCUCCUCCGCCUCCUCAACCCCCGAAGGAAUCAUUCGCUCGCCGUUACAAGUUCGUUUGGCCUCUUCUCCUCGCUGUCAAUAUCGCCGUCGGAGCUUAUCUGUUCAUGAGGACAAAAAAGAAGGAUGCAGGCGUUGAGGAAGGAGAAGUCCCAAAUGUUCCUCCCACUCCAGGUCCAACAACUGCUGCUGCAGUUGUUCCAAUUGGUGAAAAAACAUCAUUCCCUACACCCAUCAUAGAAUCUGUGAUGUUACGUGACCCAAUACCAGAGAAUCAGCAGCGUGAACUUUUCAAGUGGUUAUUGGAAGAGAAGAGGAAGGUGAAGCCAAAAGAUUCUGAAGAGAAGAAGCGUAUUGAUGAAGAGAAAGCCAUCAUUAAGCAGUUUAUUCGAGCAAAAUCGAUUCCAAGUUUGUAAUUCCUAAACAUUUCUAGUUUCACAGCAAUAGGAGAUUCUAUAAUUGGAAUUCUUUCCCUGUGUUCACUCUUUCUUUUGGGUUAUGGUUGUUUGGGAUUUGCUUCCUUUGAAUAUCAAUACAUGUGAUGGAAAAAACUGGUUGAGUUUUCUUUUGUUUA